CAGCUAUAAAGUGUAGCGGGGCUGUGAGUCACUGUGGCCGGACGGAGGCUGACGGAGCUCCGCGGUGUCUGUGGAGAACACGGCGCACAUGUUAAUAACUGAAACAGACGAGGAUUAUAAAGAAAAAAAACAUAUCGAGCAACAACAUGGAGUCCAAACGGCAGAGUGUGGUGAUGGAGCGACUUGUGAACGAGCUUGGUUCGCUGCUGAAGAUGUUGGACCACGAGACGGUCAGUCCUGCCACCGCUGACAAGAUGGCCUCCGUACGAAACAUCCUGGACUCGCUGUCGCUGCCAGUCAAUGGAUCAGAUGUCUACAUGAACAGCUGUCUCUAUGGCAACGGCACCAGUUUUGUCGAGUCUCUGUUUGAGGAUUUUGACUGUGAUCUGCACAUGCUCAGUGUAUCUCCAGUGGAGCAGAAAGAGCACAAAGAGGAAGAGGAGAAGACCCAUCCUAACAAAUCUACACCGACUGACACGCCCCCUCCUCCACUGCCAACCACCCCCCUCCCUGACGACUACUACGAAGAGGCCGUCCCUCUGGAUCCUGGAUCCACCCCUCAGUACUUCACCACCAACAUGAACACUUCCAGGAACUCUGUUGAAGACGCCUACUACGAAGAUGCAGACAAUAACUAUCCCAUCACCAGGAUUAACGGGCCGCCCAAAAACUCCUACAACGACUCUGAUGCUCUGAGCAGCUCCUACGAGUCUUACGAAGAGGAAGACGACGAGGCCAAAGGGCGAGACCGACCUCAGAGAUGGACGGCUGAGGAGAACCCAGACGCACCAGUUAGAGACUGUCGCAUCUGUGCCUUCCUGCUGCGAAAGAAACGCUUUGGCCAGUGGGCUAAACAGCUGGUUGUCGUCCGAGACAAUAAACUGCAGUGCUAUAAGAGCAUCAAAGAGAGCACUCCCCACACCGAGCUCCCGCUUAAUCUGUGCAACGUCAUCUACGUCCCGAAGGAGGGACGCAAGAAGAGACACGAGCUGCGCUUCUCGUUGCCUGGAGGCGAAGCGCUGGUGCUGGCUGUUCAGAGUAAAGAGCAGGCGCAGCGAUGGCUCAAGGUAGUGCAAGAUGUUGGCAGCCAAUGUAGCAACACUGAAGGACUGGAUGGAUCCACUUCUCCCAUCAUACAAAGGAAGCUGGAGCUUGACAAGGUGCUGCAGUGUGAUCGUCAGGCGUCAGACUCAGACAGUGGACCAACAGCAGACAUCCAGUCCACUGCACCCGGGCCAGGACCAGGACCAGGACCAGGACCAGGACCAGGACCAGGACGGGACACCACUGACACACUCAACAGGGGGAAGCGCGGCGCGUUCUCAGAGCUGACGGGGUCGAUGAGCCGGGCAGCAGGAAAGAAGAUCAACCGGAUCAUCACGUUCUCCAAACGGAAGCCUCCUUUAGCUGGAGAGCACAUGUCGUCCUCUGGUCACCAUGACAACCCGCGCAGUGGCUACCUCAGCGUGUGUCUGAGCGGCUCGUGGAAGGAGCGCUGGUGCGUGGUUCGAGAUGGAAGCCUUUACCUGCAGAAGGACCCUGGAGACCAGCGGCCGCCAGUCAUUGUGGUGCCACUGAAAGGUGCAGAGGUGGUGCCGGGCGGCCUCGGCCCCAAGCACCCCUUCUCCUUCUGCAUCCUGCAGUCAGGCAGCGAGCUCGCUUCUCUAGAGGCCAGCUGCUCAGAGGAUCUGGGCCGCUGGCUGGGUGUGUUGUUUGCAGAGACCGGCAGCACCACUCUCCCUGAAGAGCUCCACUAUGACUACAUCGACGUGGACACGCUCACUGACAUACGGCACGCCGCCAGAAACUCCUUCCUAUGGGCCACCACCACUGCAGCUUCCUCCAGCAGCGCCUCAACAGACUCCAGGACAUAUGACGAGGUCUACGAGAGCGUGGAGGGGGAUGUUGACAGCAGAGCUGGACAGGUGAGACGUCACGCCUCCUUCUCCAGCAGAGACUCUGAAAAAACUGAGCAGCAGGCCGCCGUCAAGAGACACGCCUCCAAUGUAAAUCAGUAUGCGCGGUAUGGGAAGACGCGUGCAGAGGAGGACGCCCGGCGGUACCUGAAGCAGAAAGAGGAGCUGGAGAAGCAGAAGGCAGAGCUGAGAAACGAGCUGAUAUCCCUCCGCAGGGAGAAGAAGGAGGUGAAGGAGGAGAUGAAGAGCGACACAGGUCAUAGUGUGGAACAGCGGUUAGCCAAGCUGGAGUCGCUGUGUAAACAGAAAGAGGAGGAGCGGGUGGAGCUGGAGCUCAGACUGACGGAGGUCAAAGAGAACCUGAAGAAGUCAUUGGCUCGAGGAGCACUGGGUCCUCCCACCGACACCAAGAUCAGCACCAAGGCACAGGGCAGUAAGGUUGAAAAAGUUUACAACGAGACUUUGCCAGUGAACUCGGCAUCAGAGCUUCGAAAACGCCCGCCGUCUCUUUACGCCUCGUCCAAGGGGAACGUCAUGCAGAAAGCGAAGGAGUGGGAGUCGAAGAAGGCGACCUAGAUCGAACACGAACGGAUCGACGGGUGGAUUCACAGGGAGAAAAAACCUGAGCGGUGACGGGAGGAUGUGUGAACGAGGCAGAUGGAGAGGAAGAUAACUGGCACUUAGAGGAAGAAGAAGAAGAAGACGCAGAGGAGGAGAAGAUGACAGACUCUGAUACAAUCUCUCCUCGUCUUACCUGAUAAGAAAAAAGAGGAAUGCUUGCAAGUACAGGCAGCGUGACGCUGCGUCCACCGCUGUAAAUACGAAUGACUGAUGCAUCAGUACGGUGUUGACGUAGAUCACUAUGGACAUGAAAUAUUAAUGUUUGUGUGAGUUUGCAUGUGUGUUUACAUUUGCACAGGGCUGCAGGAAGUGAAAAUGUGAUUCAUUCAUAGAAAUGUAAAGCAAAGGGAGAGUGUGGUUCAUAAACACUGUGAGUUCAGAGUUACAGGCAGGACGUCCUACCUACACCCACUGACUUUAUCCCUUUUCUACUAAUGUAAAAUGAUAAAGACGUUAUUAAUAUUACCUUAAGUUAUCUUUAUUAGUGAGAGAAGUAUCCCACGUCUCAUGGAAAACAUAUUGAGUAUGACACUGUUCAAACCAAUGAGUAAAUCUUUAUUAAUGCAAUGUGAAACUUUUGGUUUUUAACCAUUAUACGUGUAUUUUUUUUUUCAUAUUUGCCUUUUUGCACUUUAUCUUGUUGUAUUUUGUAAUUACACAAAUGUCUUGGAAAUUAGCUUUAGCAUCCCACUUAGCAGAGUCAUUGGAGGAUAAAUGCCCGUGUCCACUUUCAUCACAGAGAUAUGAACAAACACACAUGUUGGAGUAAAAGACGACUUUAGCAAGAAA